AUGAAGUAUUGCUUGCAAAGUUCCGCACAAUGGCUGCUAAACUGGAUUGGAAUUCUCCUCUCUUUUGGUCAAUCUUGUGCUUUGGACAUUGGUAGUCGCUUUCAAGUCGAAAUGGGCCAAGGCCCCAUCACACGAUCUGGAAGAGGUACCUACGGUGGAACCUGCUAUGGCACGAGUGCAGAUCUGAGUGCCAUCUAUACUGAGGCAAUUGACAUGGCUCAGGUGGCCUUGGACUCGUUGAACAGCUAUGCUACUAGUGCGACGGUGCGCGCAACUGUGGAGACAUUCUUUGGAAUACACCCCGAUUCGUCGACACCUACCACAGUGUCAGCCGUUAACUCGGCACAAUUCACUUAUGUCAAAUUUGUUUUCGAGCAAAUCAUUGCUUUCUCAGCACAUAACGAGGAUGAUCCAAUUCCUCAGGUGCAUUUCUUUUGCGACGAUAGCUGGCGAUGGAAAACUGAGAUGGUCUAUAGCCCUAAUGGACAAAUGACUGGCGAAACAAUCUUGAAGAAAACAGGUGGUGCUGUUGAAUGGAACUGGUGGUCUCCUUUGUUCAAAACAAACAUGGGCACCACCCCGGGUUGUGCUCUCACUGACACCUCAGCAACGUUAGGUUUCACAACCGUAGACAAACCAGAGGACAUCUACGCAAUUACCAUGUGUCCAUAUAGCUUUCGAGAUAAAGCAAAGCUUACUCUUAGUCCUUGGCGCUCUAAAGCAAAAAUAAUUGCAGACGGGGCGGGACUAUACAAAGCUCUUUCAACACCCGGAACUUUUCUGCAUGAGCUAGCACACUUGGUCACGAAACGUGUUGUCACAGAUGCAAAGCUCAAUAAUGGGCAAACUGCUUACUUUCCUGCAAAUGUGGCUCAACUUGCAAGAGAAUCAAAUGAAAAAGCUGUCAAGAAUGCCGAUAGCUAUCAGUGGUUUGCUAUUGCUAUGUAUCUUGAUCAAUGUGACUGGUCGCGAGAGAUCUGCGCUCAGAGCACCAGUGUAUCAACUGCAGCUAAGCGAUCGGACAAUCAAACCAGUACUGAUAUACCCCUGAUGCGAAUAUUGAACCGACGGAUAUUGCUCCCUGGCAGAGUUGUGACUCCAUUAGAUUAG